AUGUCAUCCUCUGAAUCCUCGUCAGCGUCCGGAGGUGGACGUCCCGAUGCAGGGCAGCCGCCGAGCGAGGAGCAGGCGAUGCCUCGACUCGAUACUCUUAUCUCACAUCUUGUUGCGGCCAAACGAUCCUUAUCAUCCAUUAAUCAUGUGUGGCGAGCCAAUGAAAUUGUCACUGCCGCUCGUGCUGCAUUAGAAGAAUGUGUGGUCGUGUCCGCGAGGACGGGCUUUCUCCGUCGCGGGCUUAACAAUCAACUGCGGCUCUUGUAUAGUGUCCGGACUGAAGUGGAGGAGAUAUCCCUUCGUGGACGCUCGGAAUUUGCGGCUGUCUUGAAGGACCUCGACGACGCGGAUACGCGACUGAGACGCACCUUAGAGCUUCUUCGGGAAACAAUUGUCCACCCUGCCUUUCGUCCUGAAGGAGAAGAUCCAAAGAGUCUGCAUGACUUUGUCGACGAGCGAGGUGUAGAGGAACUUCAUGCAGCUUUGAAGAGCUCAAUAGAUCGCACCACUGCGGCACAAGCGCAACUGGACUCCUCCAACCAUGCCUUUGAUGACGAGCUCCUGUCUAUUAAGGAGGCUCUGGGAACCUAUAGGACCGCUGCGAAAUUGGCCUCGUCGCGUUCCUCCUCGUCUGCAUCUUCCUCGUCGGCAUCCAAUUCCAGCCUGCCCUCCAUGUCAACUAUGCCAUCUAUGUUGCAUUCGCUGGAAAUGCAUGCACAGGAAAUGGCCAACCUACUGGAAUCGUUGGUCCGGCAUUUUGAUCUCUGCGUAACAGCUGUCAAACACACCGAAGGGGGCGGGGCUGCAGCGAAAUCUAUCACAGGUGAUAUGCCCGUUGGUGUACCUGUCAGCGGCCGUAUGGGCUCAAACAUUGAAGAUAUAAACGACAAUCUGAAUGCACCACUGGACCCACUAAGCAAUUCCGAGUACCAAGAAAUGGUGAAUGUCCUGUUCAAAGAUGCAGCUGAAGCGGAAGAUGUUGUGAUGGAGAUCCAAGAUCGAAUAAGCGAGAUGGAAUCUGUUCUGGAGAACGUAUUGGCUCAACGAGACGCUCUUCGGUCCAUCUACAAUGCCACAACAGAUAUUUACCAGCAUCUUUCUUCUCUUGGGUCAACACGCUUGCCGGGCUAUAUCGCUCAGGCACACAAUUUCACGCAAGUGUGGCACGAAGAGAAUGAUCGUAUAAGUGGUGGCUUAGCAGAUCUUUCUGAUUUGAACUCACUUUACGAUGGCUUCCUUGAUGCUUAUGACGGUCUGAUUGUCGAGGUAGCGCGUCGAAAGCAUGUGCGGCAACGCGUCGAGAAAGUCCUCCGUGAUGCCAGGCACAAGCUGGAUCAACUCUAUGAGGAAGAUGUCACUGCCCGCGAGACAUUCCGGGUUGAAAAAGGGGACUAUCUGCCAUCCGACAUAUGGCCCGAAAUAGGCCGGGAGCCCAUGCGGAUCGAAUUUCGACGGAUAUCGGGUGCCAACGUCCAGGCCGUCAAUCUACAGAGGCCGCAUGAACAAGAAGCUAUCACAGGUGAACAAGAGGCAGCAAAUCGCCUUGCGCCAGUGGAAAGCAGUGAUGGAGACGAGAUUAUUCCUGAUCUGCCGAGAGACCUCGUGGAGCAGGCUUUCGCUCGGCUCAAGGCUAGGGUCAAAGGCGCAACAUGA